AUGUUCAAAUCAACCCAAGCACUAUUCGGCGGAAGACCCCGUGGCGCCUCUCCUCCCCCCCAGAAGGCCCGACAGCGCAAGCGCCUGCGCUCCGUGGAUCGGGUCGUCGACACUGUCAGCGCCGCUCUCGAGCGCAAUGGCCAGACAUCCAAGGCCGUGAACCGGUGGUUUGCGGAGAUGCCGCGCGAGGAGGAAAUGCUGCCCAAGGACAAGUACACUCUGUUCGAUAAGAAGGAGAAGAGCUACCGGAAGAGCAUUCACAAGCUGCCCAAGUGGACUCGUGUCAGCCAACGUGUCAACCCUCCCGGUUUCUAG